AUGAUCUUUAUUCUUAAAGGUGAAAUCGAAGUGAAUACAUUUGAAGAUUUGACCUUUGUAGAUGCAGCCAUGUUCCAGAGUACUGCAGGAGAAGCUUACUUUGCAAUCUUCUUCAUUAUGAGUGUAUCAGGAAUGUUUGGCAAUGUCUGCUCCCUCAUCGCGGUAGCCAAAUCUCCAGUCCUUCGAAGACACAACAAUGUAUUCCUGAUCAGCAUGACCUGUAUGGACAUCUUAGUCACAGGCUUGGUUGAACCUUUGAUCAUGGUCCAGACCUACUAUGAAACCUGGCCUUUCAAUCAUGCUUCCUGUAAAGCAUUCAACUACAUCCUUGUCUUGUUUUCUGGAAACUCCCUAACCACCGUUACAUUCUUGACCUUGCAGCGGUUCGUAAAGAUAACAAAAUCUGCGGCUUUGUACGAAAAGGUAUUUGGUGGUUACAAGGUGUACUUUUAUUUCAUCCAAGUGUGGGUCAUCGGCAUCAUUUUGACGAUCAUGCCAGAGUUUGGAUUCGGACGGAUAUCCUACAUUCCCAUCUUCUCGCUAUGUUCCUGGGACCCAGAGGAUUUCCAUUCGUGGCUUUACAUGGCUGUCCUCAUGAGUGUUGCAGGGUUGUACCUGUCCCAGCAGCAUAUUAUCUGA